UUGCCUCCCGACAUUUUUAGAUAAGUCAGAAACAUGAAUAUUGCUCAUACGAUUUUCAGUAAAGCUUGUUGUUUCAUUGAAAUUUCUAUAGAUAGUUAAUUUGUGCCAACCAGGGGCUGGCACAAGAGACAAUUUCAAAUAACGCAAAGCCAAAAUGUAACGCAAAUAUCGCAAUGCGCCUAUCCCGACGUUUGCGCGUUUACUCUUAUUUCUUAAUAAUAAAUUUGCAAAAAUUUUAUAAAUUUAAUAUUGUGUAUAUUUCAAGUUAUAUUCAAAUAUUAAAUUCUAAUAUAUUUUUUAAUAUCUUCAAAUUUUUUAAAAUUAUUUUUUUUUCAUUUCAAAUUUUCUAUUUUAAAGUUUUAUUCCAAACACCUCUUUUCUCUUUUUUUCUCACUCUUUUCUCAGUUUCCCAUGGGGAAUCAAUGUUAUGCAUUUCCAAAAACAUACCCCAACAAAUUAAAUUAGCAGCUAAGAGCUCUCUCAUCAUUUUCAAAUUAUUUGGGAGUUUCUUUCUCCAAACGAGACGUUUUGUUCCACACCCUGUUUGGCAUAACUUUAAAGCCUUUUCUUCUUUUCUCGUUUUCAUUUCUCCCAAAAUCCCCUUUUUUGCUUAUGGCAAAAGCUUUAAAUAG